AUGAGUGAGCUCUCCGCACAGCCACCUGAAGAAGCAGAUCCUGCAACCCCUGCACCUGUUGCUGAUUCUGGAAGCCAAACUGACCCUACACUGCCUCUGCUGACCCUUAACGUUGACGGCGUCAUUGCAGCUGUUUAUCAGAAGGAAUGGAAUAUCGGCAAAGUGCUUGAUAUUGAUGAUACAGAUGGCGAAGUGCUUGAUAUUGAUGAUACAGAUGGCGAAGUGCUUGAUAUUGAUGAUACAGAUGGCGAAGUGCUUGAUAUUGAUGAUACAGAUGGCGAAGUGCUUGAUAUUGAUGAUACAGAUGGCGAAGAGGAGUUUUCCUUUUUGGAGAAGAAGAAACACUGUUCAACUGUUUAUCAGAAGGAAUGGAAUAUCGGCAAAGUGCUUGAUAUUGAUGAUACAGAUGGCGAAGUGCUUUAUAUUGAUGAUACAGAUGGCAAAGUGCUCGAUAUUGAUGAUACAGAUGGCGAAGUGCUUGAUAUUGAUGAUACAGAUGGCGAAGUGCUUGAUAUUGAUGAUACAGAUGGCGAAGAGGAGUAUUCCUUUUUGGAGAAGAAGAAACACUGUUCCAGUGGCCAAACGUGA